GGGACCGCCUUUUUCUCUCUUUAGAAGAAGGUACAAAAUGGAGGCGACGCUACCUGGCUGAACAAAACAACGGUCCCGUUUUAUAUUAUGUAUAACAUUAGGUUUCAAUAAGUGUUUUUUUUUUAGUGAGUUGAUUAUUUUGGUUGAUUAAAAAGGCAGAAAUUACCGGAUUAAUCAUGUUUUGGGCGGUAAUCGUUGCGUUUUUAAUGGCGACAGAGUCUUCCCUGGCUGUCACAGUCACUUGUCCUACCAGGAGAUCCGUCGUCAUCCUAUUCCAGCCCGUCACCUUGACCUGUGACUUCCAGACGACCGCCUCGCAGCCUCCUGUGAUCACAUGGAAGUACAAAUCUUACUGCCGGGACCCGGUCCAAGCUGCCCUCAAUCCCAACAGUGCAGAUAACAUCCUGUCACAGAACAACCCCAACUACAACCCCACUAUUGAAUGUGGAGACAGUCAGAGGACGGUCCGGGUGGUUGCUUCCAAGCAGGGAGAUGCCGUUACUUUGGGCAAAGAGUACUCGGGUCGAAAGAUUUCCAUCGUGAACAAGGCAGACCUGAACAUCGUACAGACUGCUUGGGGAGACAGCGGUGUGUAUUACUGCUCCGUCAUCUCAUCCCAAGAUCUCACAGGGACUAGUGAAGACUACACAGAGCUCCUUGUUCUUGAGAGAAAGUCUAAUACUACUGACCUCCUGCCUGGCAUUGACUUACUGAUUAUGGAAGACUGGCUGCUGGUCGUCCUCGUGGUUUUGGGCUUCCUGCUGCUGUUGCUCAUGAUUGGAAUUUGCUGGUGCCAGUGUUGCCCUCACACCUGCUGCUGCUACGUCAGCUGCCCUUGCUGCCCAGACCGCUGCUGCUGCCCACGAGCCCUCUACGAGGCAGGGAAAGCAGUGAAGAAAGGAAUGGCCGGUCAGUAUGCUGCCUCUCUCUAUCCGCCCAGCACAUAUGCUCAGCCGAUAUAUGGAGGCUCGCAAGUAAAUGCCAUGCCCCUGCUGCCUUUGCCUAACGGAGCAGGACAGCCGCCCCCUCACAAUGGUUACGGCUAUGAAUAUGACGGCGCCAGUUCAGUUGGACAGGGAUCCCAGGUGCCUUUGCUUCACGGUCAGGAUGGCAGAGGGGACCCGACUCGCAGCGGCUAUCGCAUUCAGGUGGACUCCGAUGGAAAUGCUACACGUGCCAUUUACUACAUGGAGAAGGAGCUCGCAACGCUAGAUCCUGCACGACCUGCUGGUUACAAACGCAUGGAUAACAUGAGUGAGGUCAGCUCUCUGCACGAUGCCGAUCCUCGCGGCCGGGGGGGUCGCUCCCAGCCCCCACCCAGGGCGUUUGACCCAGAUGACGCCAUGAGCACGAUCAGCAGCGUGUCCCAGCAAGGCCGCCAUCGCGAUGAUUACCCGCACCGCGGUGACGGUUACAUGGGAGAUCGCGUGCGUGCUCGCUCCAUGGACAACCUGGAUGACAUUGGAAGGCGUUACCCAAGAGAUGACGACCCUCCACACAGACGCCCAGAGGAGCCCAGAGGCAGGAGAGGAUCUGACGACUGGAGCAACAGCGCUCGCGGCGGCUACGACCGGGACUAUGACCGCGGGCGCCGGGAUUACUCUCCCAGCAGUCAAGGGCGACGAGGGGGAGAGGCCUCUAGUGAGCUUUCCGGCCGACGCAGCCGAAGUCGUGAUGAUCUGAUGGACAUAGACAGGGAUCGGCGGAAUGGCGGGGGUGCCAGAGGCCGGGACGACUACGACGACAGUUUAUUGCGAGAGGCCAUGGAGAGAAAGAGGAUGGGCGAGCAGCAGAGGGCCCGCAGCAGGGAGCGACUGGAUAGUGAGAGCGACCGCUCGGACCGGGUGAGAGCCCCGCCCCUUCCACUGAACCCGCCCUCUGGAUAUCCUGGUCGUCACGAUAAUUACCCGCCACCAUACAGCGACAACGAAAGCGUGUCUUCUUCAAAGAAGUCCAACUUACGCAAGAAUGGAGCAGUGAGUCGGGAAAGUCUGGUUGUGUAAAGUCAGCAAAGAUUUGGUGUAAAUCUCAACUUAUCGAUGAAAUUUGCUUUAGAACUGUAAAUAGCACUCUCCCCUAAAUUUUAAUUCCCCUCAAAAUGUAUUUUCAAAAUGUACUUUUAGUUUAAACUUUUGUUUUCUAUGCAGGAAAGCUGGACACAGAUUAAACAUGUCAUGCCUUCUCAUGCAUAGAUACUGUGGCUGCCACAAGUGCCUUAGUGUGUAAAAAAUAAAAAUAAUAAAGUUUGCAUGAAAGUUGUUAUGUUUACAUCUGAAUGGUUAAAAGACUUCAACUGGGAUCAAAUGCCUUAUGUUUGUUUGUUUUUCUCUUCGAUUAGUUGCUUAUGUAGAAAUGGAGAAAACCUUUUAUUUUUUGCCUGUUUUGUACUUGUGAUAAAUGUGUUUUUUUGUAAAGAAACCCUGUACAUUUAAUGAUUGCUUCAACUUUACAAAUGUUUAAAUGUUCACUGUAAAUAAGUUCUUGCAAAUUCAUAUGCAGUUCAAAUUUUUUUUAUCUUUUAGCUUCAUAUCUAUUUUUUUUCCUGUUUUUUUUUAAUUGGAAUGCAUACACAUUUAAUCCACACAAACUUUUAAAGCAAAGCAGUAAGAAUGAUCAAAUCGUGUAACAAAUUGUUUUACAAUAAAAGCCUCCGCCUGAAACACUGA